AUGCCACAAAAUGGAUUUUCCAUUUUUCAAACUGCCGCCGGACCAUCAUCGCCAACAUCUGGAGCACCUACGACUUCUGAACGUAUCACAUCAGCCAACCGCGUCCGCACCGCUUCCAAUCUGAGCACCCUCUCUGGAUUCCAAAAACCAACGACGUCAGAAGCUUCUGGAGCACCUGGAGCUCCUGGAGGUGCUCAGAAUCAGAAUCCGACGUCUUCUGAACACCCUCAACGAAUCGUCGCGUCGCAACUCAGCGGAACGUUUACAGUAGUUGAGAAGCCAUGGUGGAGAGUUGAUGUUCAAGUGCAUCAACUGGAAAAAUGCCCAUUUUGUGAUACGUCUCCAUUGCACGACGCGGGUCACAUCUUCGCCAAACCCUUCUACAUCACGCUUCGAAAACAGGACACCGACGGGACCAUCAACGAAAUGUCCUUCCGAAUCGACCACGUCGUCCCAGAAACGUCUCCUAACCUGACGAGCAUCUCCACGAACUCAUCGAAUCGAAAGAGUGGAGGAGCCGGUGGAAGUGCUGGAAAGAUCUCAUCGGCCAGGGCUUCCAGAGUCUAUGAUAGUGUUGAUCUACCCGAUGAUUAUGAUAAUGGAUGCCAAAUGACCAAGAAAUCAACGGUGUCGUGUUGUACACCAGCACCAACUGUUGGCAAGGAGAUGGGGCGCUGCAUAAUCAGCAUCUGCCGAUCCUUUCCCGGUCUCUCGAAACACUUUGAAUAUCUUAAACCCGGCGAUACGGUAAUUGGUAUCGAGGAGACUGUGGAAACCGUAUCCCUGGACAAUGUGCAGCUGACAUUUCGAGAGAUUUAUAUGAGCCGUGCGGAUAUGUACAGAUACCGUAGCUGUUUGAUUGGAAGGAUGACUUAUGUGGAGGAACAGAAACGACAUCUAAAUAUUAACACCCGGAUUUCGGAUAUGUGGAGGAAAGGGUCGCUGGUGAAGAGCGGUUUCGUUACUGACAAGACUCGCGUCGUUUUCCGGUCCAGCUCAUCGACAGUGCUCAUAUUUAUUCAGAAUAGCUCGAAAAUUCCGCUUUUUCAGAUGUGCUCGGAAAUGAAUCAACUCGAUCCCCAAGGCGACCUGUACCUGGAAAAAUGCAUCAAAGGCUUUCUAACAGAGCUAUUCCAAAAGUGGAAGGAGCAAUCGUGCACCCACUACGUAUCCAUCAUCCUCUGCUCCCGAUGGUACGCGAUUCAAGGAGUCGACGACGUGGCGAAGAAGCUGAUGAGAGGAGCGUGCGAUCAUCGUGGACGCUAUUAUCAGGAUUUUUAUCGAUUAUUAUUCCAAAAUGAGCACUAUGACGAUUGGGCGGACACCCAGUUGAAGGAGAUAAACGUCGGGUGUAGCAAGUAUUCAUCGCAGAUUCAGGAGAAAUUAAGACAGAUGCAUCCACAGGUCCAAUUUGAGAUCUCGACGGCUGCGGAUGGGAAUUUCUUGCAAGUGCUGAAUAUGAGCAUGAACUCGUUUAGUAUGUAUCAUUCGGAUCGCAGAUUUGAGACCACUGGACAACAGAUCAUCUUCGUCACCCCUGGCAACGGUGUACUUCAUGUGGACCGAGACCUCGUUAGUCUUACUAAACAAAGGGUCAUCGACAUGGGUAUCUCAUUGGAUAUGGUCUGUCUCGGAGAGCAACCCCUCCACGCGGUCCCUCUAUUCGUUUUCCACCCCAUCGUCGAGCAGAAGGACACCAGAUGUGAAUAUUUUAUCCCUCAUUGGAUGAAUUACUCGUAUUAUCGAAUGGCCCGGAGAUCGGCGAUUUCCGUGCAGUUCAGGCCGCGAAUUCAGCUGCCCGCCGACGUCUUAUCGGCCCCUAAGAAGAUGGGAAUGGGCGAGACGGGCAUUGUGUUGAGGGAGAAUGAGAAGCCAGCGACACCUCCAACACUACCACCAGCAAUCGUCUACAAAACCGACGCCGACCGGAAGGAGGCAGCAAUCAAAGCCUACAACAAAAAGAACGAGAAAUACAUUGAAUACGAUAAAAUGAAGUUGGAAUCAGUGUGUGCAUCGAUUCAACUGCUCCCCAAAGAAGAGGCAAAUGAUGAGAAUCAGGUGGUGAUAAAUGCACCGAAAAUCGGCAAGAAAAUGAUUCGAGAGCUUCUGGGCGUGGACCCAACGGAUUCAGAUGACGAGAAGGAAAAGACGACGGCGGAUGAGGCGGAGGAGCGGCGGAAUGCCAUGCAAGCUAUGUUUGCAGACUAUUUGUGUGAGGGAGAGGAGUGGCCGGAUGAGAAGAAGAGCUAUGAGAAAGACUUCGAUAGUGAGCCCAUUCAAGAAGACGAUUUGCUCGAUGACCCGUUCUCGGAGCCACCUCCACCGUCAGCUUCACAAGCUCCGCCCACUUCUUCCGAAGCUCCGCCCCCUACGCAAGCUCAAACGAUCUCACAAUCCCCGCCCACCGCUUCAAGACAAGCCCCGCCCCCAUCCCAACCACGACCAAUCUCCCAAGCCAGCCAACAAGCCCCGCCCCCCGAACGAAAGAAGCUCCGCCCACGCGAUCCGGAGCGGCGAAGCGACGGUUCGACGAAUGCGGGCGGUCCCAAAGAGAUAGCCCGCGGACCGUCGACCGCCGCGGUCGGAUCGAUUCGGCCGGUUUCGGCCGCGAAGGAUAUUGUGAAGCCAUCGACAUAUAAGAUACCACCGCUGGUCGCAGGGGGCGGAGCUAAUAACAAUUCUGGAGGGCACUCAUGGGCUACAAACUACAAUCGAGGAGCGUUUUCGAUUGAGAAUGUGCAGCCGGACUCCCCUCGCUCCUCAUACGAAUCCGUGAAAAUGCCCGCCAGCUCGCUCAUCGGAUCCAUUGAAGUUGGCUCGUCGGCCCUCGCAAAGCUGCGUCACGCCUCUCCACAACGGCGUGGUACGGUAGACGGUGCAAUUGGAAUUGGCGGUCAGGCUGGCUCGGCCACAGGCAUAGGCACAUGCUCUUCAGCAAUCGGAAUGCUUGGAUCCGGAGCUCUGAUCUCAAAUGGAUCCCUAAAUCAGACUGGGGAGGCGUUCACGGCAGUCUGGAAACGACAGAAUGGACAAUUGAUCAAUCCGUUUCGACCCGAGGAUUUUGCUGUGCAGGUCACCGCCAACCGUCGCCGCUGGAUUCACGUCUUCCCGGUGGAUAGUUCUGGAAAAUCCAAAUUGGCUCAUCAUUUCGUCUCCGGACAGAGCAUUGUGCACAUAGUCGGAGCACCGGAAGAUCAGAAAAAAUAUGUGGCUCCUCUUGAUUUUCUCUAUUAUAUCACUGCCCUUUGGUUCAUCUAUCAAGCCUCCAAAGCUUUAGAAAUCGCCUCCUCCCUGGAUACGGUAUCAAUGUCGAAGAGUCCGGAUCAGGUGGCACUAUCAGCUGAUAAGCGAAGCGUUCCAAAAUCCAGGGACAACAACAAUCCGGAUAAGAAUUCGAAAUCCAAUUCCGCUGGAAACGCGUCGAAAAAGUACAAAGUGUGGGCGUGGGGAUCGACUGGGGAGGAGAAAUGGAAUGUGGAAAUGGAAAUUGGCACGGAUUGGAAGUCGUUGGUACGGUCGGCACUGCUUCCGAUUACCACGGACUUCUUUCCAGAUGGACAAGCGCUUCAGAAUCAGUUUAUCAUGAAUGAGUACAGUAUUAGUGUGGAGCCCAAACAAACGCCUGAGUCCUAUCGCGAGGGACUGUUCGACUGUGAAUCCCCGAACUCCAGUGGAUCCCAACCCGGCGGUGAUAACAGUAUCAAUGGGGAAACAAUUCCCGCUUCUGAAACUCAAAAUUCUGAAAACGGCAGCCUAGAAAAGGGAUUCCGACGGAUUCGAGAGAAAUCGUCUGGAAAAGCGACCAUGACACGUCUUCUAUACGAUCAGAUGAUUCUACAACGCCUACAGAGGGGAUAUCAGAUUGUUUUAUUGGAUAAGAGCCUAGUGGAAGUGUCCUGUGAAGCAGCGAAAAAACCGUCCCGAAUCGAGUCGAUCAAAACGCAGGACCUCGCGGAACCUCGAAAAUCUCGUGUGGACCAUAAUCGAAGCUCGUCGAAGAACUCCAGAAGACAACAUCGAGCUCAGGAUUCAGAAAUUGUGCUCUCGUUCAAUAAAUACUAUCAUAAGCUGGUGUUGGAUGAGGAGAACCUGCAGGUAAGACGGAAAAAUUGGCUAAAAUUGCCUCGAAAAUCGAUUUUGGGAGCCAAAAUUUGA